GGUUGUGACAUCACCAGUCCCCUCCCACCCCUCUCCUAUCCUGCUAGUAUAGAUGCUUCGUGGUCCGGUGGUCCUCUCUACUCCACAGUGUUUCCACGGAGCGCUGCACAAGUCCUAAAUUGAGUUGCUACCUUAGUGAAGUUGUCCAGCAUCCCUGACCAGAGAGCUCUAUAGCAGGCACCAUGCUCCUCAGAGUCUCUCUCCUGCUCCUCUCCGGAUCCAUUCUCCUCAACUGCAUCCCUGCACAGAGGAUUAGAGUGAGAAGACAGAACAUGAAGGUUCGCAUCAACGCUACGGGCGACACCAUCGUGAUGAAGUUUGUCCGUCCCAACCCUGACACCAAGCUGGAGGGCUACAUCCUGGGCUACGGCAGCAGCAUGUUCUCUAAACAGUUCAUCCAGCUGCCUGAGAAUGGAGAGCCCUACGAGACUGAGAUAGACGCUGAACCCAAGUAUCUUGUUGCUGUCCAGCCAAUCCCGAGCAACGACGUAAAGAAACAAUGCACAGGAAAGGUCAACCUGGAGAAGCCACUCCACCUGGUUAUUGGCUCCGUCACCCCAACCUCUGUGCUGCUGUCCUGGGGAACCUUCCUGAAGACGCCCUACGAAGCAGGCAACAUCAUGAACGACUGUUUGGAAGACGGACACUACACUGUCCGCUACAGGGAGAGGAACAGGAAGUGGAUCUACCAGACCUGCCCCACCAGCGACACUGUGGUUGACAACCUGAAGCCCGACACCCCAUAUGAGUUUGGGGUCCGCUCCAACAAAGACGAACGCAGCGGAAUCUGGAGCAAGCCUGUCAUUCACAAAACCAACAUGGGCGCAGGGUUGGAUAAAAGCGUCCAGAAACCCUACAAGCACCGGACCCCUAUUGUGAAGCCAAUGAAACCACCCAUGUCCCGUGCACUUUUCCCACCUCGUCCAGCUAUUCACAAUAAGACUCAGCCUAGACUCCCUCUGACCAAAAACCAAGGUUUCCCGGGAGCUCCCAAGACAUCUUUUGCACCACCAGAGAGACACCUGGAAGCUAGACCUGACCCCCGCUCCAAUGAGCCUCAAUGGCCACAGUUCCCACUGGACGGAGGAAACAGUAUUAGAAAUGCUUCCUCUCAUCUCGUGGACCUCCCUCCUGCCCCCCAACUCCUGCCCACCAAAACCCCCAGUACCUCCUCUGCCACCCCUGUCCUUAACAACCCCUCUCCACCCGGUGAAAAGCAACAGGGAAAGACCCAACCCAGGGGACCUACUAGCGCCACAGUGAAGCCACAUAACCCUUCCUCUGCUCUCAGCGAAUCACAGAAAGGAGCAGCACUGCUAACCCCCACCCUGGGCAGUGAGAAAGCCAAUAAUAACAACUUGGGUCAAGGCAGCCAGAGAAAUUUGAAACCCCAUGGCCCGGCCAUCAUACUGAUAGCCAGGACCAUGAAGUCUCCUGCUGCCACAAACCCUCUCUUUCCCUUCACUGAUGGCUCAAGACAAGAUACCCCAUCCUCCUCCUCCUCUUCUUCCUCAUCCUCCUCCUCAUCCCUUCUUCACAGGUCUAAUAACUCAUCACAGACCUCCGGAACACCAAGGGGUCAAGGCAGCCAGAGAAAUUUGAAACCCCAUGGCCCGGCCAUCAUACUGAUAGCCAGGACCAUGAAGUCUCCUGCUGCCACAAACCCUCUCUUUCCCUUCACUGAUGGCUCAAGACAAGAUACCCCAUCCUCCUCCUCCUCUUCUUCCUCAUCCUCCUCCUCAUCCCUUCUUCACAGGUCUAAUAACUCAUCACAGACCUCCGGAACACCAAGGGGUCAAGGCAGCCAGAGAAAUUUGAAACCCCAUGGCCCGGCCAUCACACUGAUAGGCAGGACCAUGAAGUCUCCUGCUGCCACAAACCCUCUCUUUCCCUUCACUGAUGGCUCAAGACAAGAUUCCCCUUCCUCUUCCUCAUCCCUUCUUCGUAGGGCUAAUAACUCAUCACAGACCUCCAGGACACCAGGGGCCAAUGGUAAGCAUCACAAAGGAACCGGCCUCCCCAAACCAGUCGUUUGGAACAGACUGAGAAUGGCAAACACAAACAACUCGCUGUUGGAGGACAUAAACCCUGAUGUUUUGGGCCGUUCAGGCUUCUCUUCCAUUGAGGACCAGUUCUAUGGAUCUCGUCCGUCCAUUCCUGUCAACAAAAAGACCAACCUGGUUGGCAAACCUGGUGAUAUGAACAAGCUGAAUGUCUUGAAGCAAACAGACAAGGCCUCCAUUUUGAAGAAGUUUCCAUCAGUGACGACUAAACCUGCCAAGCAAGACCGCAGACACACAACAACGACUGCACCAUCAGCCAACGACAUCUGGUUUGAAACCUGGGAGAACUCCUCAUUAUUCAGCUCCCUACCAGCCUCUGACGUGGACGCAUUGGGAAAGAAACGUUUCGUUGCACCCCAUGUAGUCUACAAGACGGACAAGAAACCAGACGAGCCUUGUUCCAUCACCACCUCUCUCAGCUACUUCCCAGAGGAGGAGGGCGGGGAGACAAACGUGACAGCCCCGCCCAAGUCUCCGCCCUACAACCUCACCGUGGUAACGGUGGAGGGAUGCCCCUCCUUCAUCAUUCUAGACUGGGAAAAGACAGACAACGACACCACAGAAUAUGAGGUCAUCUCCACGACGAAGGGACCAGAUGGUACUCAGGUCUCCAUCCUGACCACCAACCAGACUCACACUGCAGUAGAGAACCUCAACCCCGAGAGCAGCUACGAGUUCAAGGUGAAACCCAAGAACGAGCUUGGAGAGGGGCCACCCAGUGAGCCUGUGUCCUUCAACACUGAAUCAGCGGACCCACGUGUGAGUGAGAAUGUCUCAGGAAAAGAUGCCAUCUGGACCCAGUUCCCCUUCAAGACAGACUCAUACUCGGAGUGCAAUGGCAAGCAGUACGUAAAAAGGACCUGGUACCGCAAGUUUGUGGGCAUCCAGCUCUGCAACUCCCUCCGAUACAAGAUAUAUCUGAGUGAUUCUCUCAACGGUAAAUUUUACAACAUUGGGGACCAGACUGGCCAUGGUGAGGACCACUGUCAGUUUGUAGACUCGUUCCUGGAUGGAAGGACAGGAAACCAAGUCAGGGCUGACCAGCUGCCAGCAAGAGAAGGGUAUUACAGGGCUAUGAGACAAGAGCCGGUCAACUUUGGUCAGAUAGGAGGGAACUCUCACGUCACCUACGUGUCAUGGUAUGAGUGUGGAACGGCCAUUCCUGGCAAAUGGUAGGACCCCCCCCAAAGCUGUCUGUGGAGAAGCCCGAAGGAUAUACAGUACAUAUCAAACCGUCUGGGAAGGUGGCAGGAGGGGUCCUUCUACACAUCCAAUCAGUCUCUGGAUGCUACAUAUCGCCAUCCGGCCGUCUCCGAACCCCCAGCCAUGUAAAAACCUGUACAGGAUCUCCGGGUCAGGUUAAUAUAAUGUCCAUAUGUAAAAGCCUUAUCUUAUUUAUCAAACAUGACAAAAAGGCAAAGGGAUAAAAAGAACAUAGUAUGAGAUAGAUGGAGAAACUUCUAACUAACAGUGUGAGGUAACAAACAUACAGUAGGUAUCUUUUUUGUUUUAAUAAUGGGAAGCUGGCUCCCUGAAACUUAUUUUGAUAACGUGUAUAAUAUUAUUUAUCAAAGUGUUUGAUGCCAUGUUCCGAGUUCUAGGAAAUGGGUUAUAAUGCAACGCUUUUGCUGUACAGUACGAGUUGUAGAGUUUCAGACAACCUGCCGGAAUUUCAUGGUUUCAUUCAGUGACCGAUUCAUGGUGCAAGAAUUGUCCCAUAAUUUGGUCAGUCUUAGGGCUCUAUUCAAUCCGUAUCGCUGAAGCUCAGCAUUGCGGCACGAUUGAAAUUUAAAGGCAAUAUUCCUGAGUUAGCGGAGACUGCAUUCAUGGUAAACGCUGCAUAUGUCGGCUCAAUGGGAAAUGACCUUCACAUUUCCAUCACGCAAUCUGUAACGCUUCAGCCAAACAAAUUGAAUCCAGCCCUAGUUCAAUAUACACCUUCAGAGAAGAUAAUGCUGUAAAUAUUAACAUGAAGUCCACUCUCACACAUAUCCACAAACCAGUGGAGGCUGCUGAGGGGAGGACGGCUCAUAAUAAUGGCUGGAACGGAGUGAAUGGAAUGGCAUCCAAACACAUGGAAACCAUGUAUUUGCUGUAUUUGAAAACAUUCCACUAAUUCCCCUCCAGUCAUUACCACGAGCCCGUCCUCCCCAAUUAAAGUGCCACCAACCUCCUGUGCCAGUAGUUCAUUGUAUGAAUGUUGACCGAGCAAUGGCACAUGGCGAACCUGCAUCUUCCCCUCGCAGUCACCUAAAACCAAAAAGGAAAAUAAGCACACACGCAGAGGACGUCUCGUACCAAACCAAUAUUUCUCCUUCAUUAGCCCUGAUAUAUGGGGUGGCUGUGCAUGGGAGGUCUUUACACUUGUAAUUUGCACAGCAUAAAUGUAUUUAUAUGUAUAUGGAGAGAAAGUAUUUUUUUCAACUAACUUUUUCAAAAGACACGUCCCUUAAAGCGAACACUCAUACUUCACAGUGUUCCACUGGCAACAUUUUACAUCCUCUGAUACAACACGUUGUAUAUAUAUCAUGUUGGAAAAUAAGAGGGAUAUCUUAUCUUCUUAGUAGCCUUGAUAAAUGGUACAGAGAGGAGUCCUGUUGAAUGAUUUCUUAGUUUUGUACAAAAAUACACUUUUGGCUCAAUGCGCUUGCAGAUCAGUGUUUUCAUACUUAUUUUUUAUGGAAAAUGUUUGUCAUAUGGAACUGUACUCUUGUUUUUUUAAACAUACUUUCAUUUCUGUAUCUAUUUUCAAUAAUAAAAACAGAAGUUCUGUUACUUUUUAUUAAAAAAAAUAUGUCCUUGCCAUUUUUCACUUUGGGUAACUAGAGUGAUAGUGUUUUCCAGUUGAAGGAGCGUACAG